AUGUCAGAGGCUGUGGCUGCAGAGAAAACACAGAAGAAGAAAAACAGAAGAAGGAGUGCCCUUGGGUGGGUCAGACUGGAGUUUACAAUCUCGUUUAAGAGCUUGUUCUAUUAUAACGCAGACAAAAGGGACAGGAGUGUGGUUGGGAGCGGCGUUGGGAGCGGCGUGGGGAGCGGCGUGGGGAGCGGCGUGGGGAGCGGCGUGGGGAGCGGCGUGGGGAGCGGCGUGGGGAGCGGCGUGGGGAGCGGCGUGGGGAGCGGCGUGGGGAUGGCGGUGUCUUGUGAGGUCACGGAUACAAAGACAGAACAACACACUCACUCAGAGAAGAUUCGUCUCUGCUGCUUCUACGCCAUACAAGACCAACACAGAUCUCAUUUUGAUGUGGAAAAAGUUGACGAUGAUUAUUUAACACAGCCCGAGCUUUUCGACUUGGAAUGGUUUAUCGAGAUGACAUCCGCGCCGCUGUCUCUGAUUGUCAUGCUCCUGGCGUCGGUGAACGGCCAGAGGAAUGACAAUGAGGUGCAGCUCUGUGCCGAGGUGCAGGCGUCCCGCUCGGUGGUGGUCCUAGGGUCAGCUGUGUGGGCCUCCUGCACCACCACCGAGCACUGCCCCGUCCCCAUCGCCCCCUCCCUCCCCAUGGGGUGGCACUUGAACGGGGCCCUUCUCCCGCACGGCUCCGUGACCAGCGACGGCAACCGCACGUCCACUGUGGUCAUCGCCAACUUCAGCCGCCCCAUGGCCUCGCUCACCUGCUCUGUGCUGACCUCCCCGCCGCAGAUCGUGGGAGGAGUCCAGAUCAGGGCAGGAUAUUUACCGUCCGUUCCCCAAAGCCUUCAGUGUCAGACGAACCUGACCCAGCCCCUCUCGAUGCUGUGCAGCUGGGAUCCAGGGAGGAGCAGCCUGUUACCCACAAAAUACAGCCUCCAUACACACGUCAUAGACUUAAAGAGAAGAUUCUGCUACAAGCUUCCCCCGGGGCAGCAUCACUUCCGCAUCCCUCGCUCGGACCUGGUCUUGUUCUCGGACAUGGAGGUCUAUGUGGAGGCCCAGAACGAGUUGGGAAAGACCGCAUCAGCUACUCUGGUUGUGGAGCCCAUCAGCACGGCUAAGUUCCACCCUCCAGAGAUCCUGCAGCUGCUCCCGGUGCCCAAGAAGCCCGGCUGUCUGAGCAUCCACUGGAAUAUAUCCAAACACGAGGCCUGGCUCAAGGAUGUGAUGAAUGUGGAGGUGAAGCUGGAAGCUGUGGACAACGGACAGAGGAGAGACCUGUGUAUCUUUGAGAAGAGAGCGCGUCCAUCCAAAGUAAUCGAGCCGUGCCGCCUCUUGCACGGGACGCGCUACGUGGGCCAGAUGCGGGUGAGAUACCGUCAAAGCCCCUGGAGUGAAUGGAGCAGCAGUCACAGCGGAGUCACCUUGGAGAGCGCUCCCUCUGGACGUUUCGACUCCUGGAUGAAGGUGUCGAGGGAUCACACGCACAAACAAGUCGGCGUACAUUUGUUUUGGAAGCCGUCCAAACAGUUUCGAGCCAACGGGCAGAAUGUGUCAUAUGUAGUGUACGGGGUGAAGGAGCCAGGGGAGAGGGCCCAGCUCCUGUGUCAGACUGUACACAGGCACUGCACUUUCUGGGCGGCGUGGCAGAGCAGGGUCUAUCUGAGGGCCGCCAACGGAGCCGGCAGGUCGCAGCCCACCUAUAUUCGCAUUUACAACAACAAAGAAUAUGCAGCUGUCACAGAUUUGACCGUGACUCCACAUGACUCCUCAUCACUCGUGGUCCAGUGGACAUGUGACAUCACUCCUCCCCUCCUUGGAUUUGUGGUUGAAUGGAUACCUUUACUUCAGACAGACUUGGUGCAUCUACAUUUCCAAACAACAGAAAAAAAUCAAACCAGCUUCGUCAUAUCAGGAGACAUUGAGCCAUACAAGCCCUAUGGGAUCUCUGUGUAUCCCAGGUUUAAGGACGGCCUUGGCCUUCUUCGGACUACUAAUGCCUUCUCGAGACAAAAGGCUCCAUCCAUGGUUCCGGAACUGGUAAUUGAGAAAACCUGGCAGUUUGAUGUGGAGAUGACCUGGGACGAGAUCCCACUGGACCAAAGGAACGGCAUAAUCCAAGGCUUCAGGGUGUUUUACCGAGAGGGCGAUGGUCCUCUCAAUGUCGUAGAAGCUAAACCUGAUGAGAGGAGAGUUCUUCUUCACGACCUCAACCCGAUGUGUGUCUACGAAGCCUUUUUGAUGGCGUCUACACUUGGCGGGAGUCGGAACGGGUCAAUAAUUCACUUCAAAACAGAAUCCUUCGAUGUGGUCUACGUUGUCAUUAUUGUCUCGUGCAUCAUGGGAAUGCUUAUAAUCGCCGUUAUAGUCGUUGCUCAAGUUGCUUCUCGUCAUGAAAGAUUUAAGAAUCACUUCUGUCCAAUUAUUCCUGAUCCCGCCAACAGCAGCGUCAAAGAAUGGUCCACGGACUCUUUGGAGGAAAUCCCGCCUUCCUUCACAGGUAAAGUACCGAGCCUGCUUUACCUGUGUCGUCUAAGCUUCAUGGAUCUGCCGACAAAGAUCUGUAAAGAAGAAGAAGAAGAAGAAGAAGAAGAUGAAGGCUGGGUGAACAAAGCAGAAGACACCAGUGACCUCGGAGAGUCUAUUUGCGGCUCUCCGUUCCUCCCGGGAUACUGUGGCUCCAACAACGACUCUGUCCCCUACGCCACAGUGAUCUUCCCCUGUCCCUGCACCAGUCCCUGCACCGGUCCAUGCAUCAGUCCAUGCACCGGUCCAUGCAUCAGUCCAUGCACCAGUCCAGCCCCCAGUGACUCCGCCCCCCACACCUACCUGCGCUCUGACUCCACACAGCCACUGCUGGAGGCGGAGGAGGCCUUUACCCCGAAGUGCUACCAGAACGUCUGUGACCAGAGCCAGGACGAGCAGCGCUUCUUUGGAUCAGAGGAGACCGAGCCGGAGACAGAUCUGGGGUGGAAUCAGUUUCCUUUCCUGAGAGCUUUGGAGAUUCCUGAUCUGAUAUGA